AUGAUAAUCACUCUUUUUAUUAAUGUACUCAUUUCAGUAAUCGCUACAAAUGAUUGCGGAGCAUAUUGUAAUGACUGCAAUAAUGGAAGGUGUAUAUCCUGUAAAGAGAAUUUCAUUAAUAUUGAGGGGAAAUGUGUAUAUUUUAAAUACAUAAUGCCAAAUUGCCAGAUUUAUUCUGGCGAAUGCGUUUCAUGUAAUUAUGGGUUUGUUCUCAACAAUGGAAGUUGUAUUGAAAUAAAUAUUCCUAAUUGUGUUGAAUAUGACCAAGCUGGUACAUGCACCCAAUGUAUUAUUGGGUAUUUCAUUAACAAUAAAGGACUUUGCCAGAGUUGUCCACCAAACUGUAUUGAAUGUAUGAACAAUAAAUGUUUAGUUUGUGCAGAUAAGUAUUACCUUGUUAAUGAAACUUGCACUAAAGGUGAUAUUAAAAAUUGUGAAAGGUACAAUAGCUUCGGGAAUUGUGAUACAUGCUCCUUUGGCUAUGGGGUUAAGAAUGGGAUGUGUGAGUUUUGUGCAGUUAAAGACUGUCAAGACUGUAGCCUAUACGAUGAUUGUUUACUUUGUAAUGGAGGGACUAAGCAAUUAUUUAAUAACAGUUGUCAAAAUUUUAUACCCAUAGAAAAUUGUAAAAAAUAUGAUAUUGAUUUUGUUAAAUGCUUAGAAUGUGAAAAAGGGUAUUAUCUUGAACAGUCAAAAUGUUUUUCCUGUCCAUUACACUGUGCACAUUGUAACUCUAACCAUUGUAACCAAUGUAAUGAUGGUUAUUUUCAUGAUGGAAAAAUGUGCUCGCGUUGUUUUUUGAAGAACUGCAUAAAAUGUUCUUCGUCUGAUGCAUGUGAAAAAUGUAAAGAUGGUUAUUAUAUUUAUAAUAAUACGUGCCGUAAAAAAAUAGAGCACUGUAAAAAAGAGCAUGGGUUGAAAUGUGAUGAGUGUAAUGAAGGAUUUUAUUUAACUACUGACACUUGUAUUAAGGGAGUUGCUCAUUGUUUAAUUCAUAAAAGUCAUGACCAAUGUUUUCAAUGUUCUCCAGGGUAUUUCUUAACUGAUAAUUAUUUAUGUUCUCAAUGCCAUUCUUCAUGUAAAACAUGUGAAGGUUCAGCAUCAUUUUGUAGCUCUUGCUACAAUGGAUUUAUUGGAAAAGACUCCAAGUGUUUUACGUGUAUGGACAAGUUUUGUAGUAAAUGUACCAUAGACAGAACUUAUUGUGUAGAAUGUGAGUCAGACGCCUAUGAAAAUCAUAAUGGAGUCUGCACAUCUUGCCAAAGAGAUUGUAUUCAAUGUGAUGGUUAUAAUCAUUGUAUGUAUUGUUACAAUGAUAACCAAAAUAAGACCAACUAUUCUCAAGAUGGAGUUUGCCUUGUCCAAGAAAAUGACAAGAAAGGUCAUGAUUGGAAACUCAUAUUAGUAGCAUGUGUUGGUAUUAUUGUCACAUUCAUGGUACUUGUAGGAGUUUUUAUAUUUUUCAACAACAAAUACCCAAAUUGGAUUAGUGAUUGUUUAAGAAAAAAUAAUUGGAGGUAUAGUGUUUUGCCAUCCAAAUGA